ACUUUUUAAAAAAUUAUUGUUUAGAACAAUACCCGCAUCUCCUAAGCACGAGGACAAUAAUAAAGGCAAAAGCACUUUCGGCCGCCGGUAGAAGUCUGGUACAAGACUCUUCUCCUCGCUCUUCUUCUCCCUUUUGGGACAGAGCAUAAGAGGAGAAGAAAGAAUCAUUCUUCGCAGCGAAUCUCGAGGCUUCUGACUUCUCAAUCCACCCUUGGAUUUUCCCUGUUUAUUUCCUCCUGGCCCUUGGCCUCACAUACCGUCGCCGGAAUCAGCUUCUGUGAUUCCUGAAUCGCAGGCUUUCCUUCUCUGAAGCAUACGUUGGCUUCCAACGUUUCGAGGAGGAACUGCUGGAAAAUUUUUGGGAAUCACAUAAUGUUGUGUAAAAAGGUGAUGAGAACACGGAAGAAGACGCAGGGAAAUAAUCCGGUGUACCUUAACGUCUAUGAUCUUACGCCGAUCAAUGGGUAUGCAUAUUGGUUUGGGCUCGGAGUCUAUCAUUCUGGUGUUCAAGUUCAUGGCGUUGAAUAUGCAUUUGGCGCACAUGACCGUCCAACAUCCGGGAUAUUCGAAUUAGAGCCUCGCCGUUGUCCUGGUUUCACUUUCAGAAAAUCAAUAUAUAUUGGAUCAACAGACUUGAACCCCAGAGAGGUUCGGGCAUAUAUGGAGUCAAUAGCUGAUAAUUAUGCUGGGAACUCGUAUCAUCUUAUCACAAAAAACUGCAAUCACUUUUGUAACGAUGUUUGUCUCAAACUAACCAACAAGUCAAUCCCUCGCUGGGUAAAUCGACUGGCUCGGCUUGGCUUACUGUGCAACUGCGUUCUUCCGCCUGAACUAAGUGAUACGAAGAUCCGAGCAGUGUCAUCAGAUAAUGGGGCCUCCGAAGCAGAAAGAAAGAAACUGAAAAGUCAUUCUUCUAGAAGAUACGAGGCUUCCUCCAAACCGCAAUUAUCUUGAGGUGCGCCAGUUUAUAGCAGUGGCCAAUGACGCUGUAUACCUCCAUCUUCAUCUCUGAUUAAACCCCGUGAUUAACAGUCAGGUAAGUAAAAAGCUGAGGAGGAAAGCAACUUAUGUGUCUGCUCCAUCUUUAUGUUCAAUUGUAUAUUCAUAGUGUGCCCAUAGCUGCUAGGGAAUUGUUCUGUCUCUUUCUCUCCCUCCCUCUGAAAUGCUGCCCUCCUACGGUGAGCGCAAAUGUCUUUGUCCCCUACUUUUUUUUUUUAAUUAUUUUUUUUCUGAUGCGUGCAAUAUCAUGCGACCACUACAUUUGCUGAAGUGUACAAUUCAAGGUAGCAAUUAUAGAAGAAAGAUGUACUAAUUGAGGAGUAUAUAGCAUACAAUUAGCAUGUAAUUUCGUGAGCCAAUGUGCUGUA